AUGUGUAUCUGCAAAAACUACCUCAUCUUGGAAUAUCUCAAGCCUGCAUACAAAUACGUCCCCUUGUUCAAACAUGAAUCGUCAAGUUUCAUUAUUUAUUGGGAUACAAGCGUAUUGACCAGCACAUCGAUACAUCACAACCGUCCCGACAUACUAGUAAUCGACAAAAGUAAAGAGAUUGCUUAUAUCAUAGAUACUGCGGUAGCAUUUGACGAAAAUGUACAAAAAACUUACAUCGAAAAAACAAAUAAGCAUACUAGAUGGGGGUCCUUUAGGGCAGACAUUGACAGUAAGCUUGGAGCGGUCCCAUACAGGCUUGGCAGGGGCUCUGACAUAGAAGCAGCUGUCGAGUCUCUGAGCAGGGACUUGACGGCCGCAUAUGAGGAAAACUGCCCGUUACGCAAAGUACAAGGUAAGGGCAAGGCAACCUUCUGGACCAAAGAUUUAGAGGAUAGAAAACGAGCGGUGCACAAACUUCUUAGCAGAGUUAAGCACAGGAGAGGUUCUCCUCUAUGGGAAGAAUACAAAAAGGCAUUGCAGGAGUACAAAAAGGAGAUUAGAAGGGCCUCCAGAGAAUCCUGGAGGCACUUCUGUCAGUCCAUAAAUGACAUUCCUGCUACUGCAAGAAUACACAGAGUCCUAUGCAAAGACACUAAAGCAAGAUUGGGAUCUCUGCAUGAUCCCUCGGGAGGGAACACUACUUCCGAGGAAGAUACUCUGAGGCUUCUGAUGGAUACGCACUUUCCCGGUUCCACAGUAGCGCGAUCAAUCACAGAGUGCAUGCAGUUGCGCAGGCCCUCAAGGGAGGACUGGCGCACGGCAAGGGAGAUUGUCACCUUCGAAAGGACGGUAUGGGCAGUAGAUUCGUUUGCCCCAUACAAAAGUCCAGGUCUGGACGGCGUAUUUCCGGCCAUGUUACAGCAGGGACGGAUUUCGGUUGUUCCUUACCUGUUGAAUGUGUUUCGAGCAUGUGUGGCCACGGGCUUCACACCUAGAAGUUGGCGGCAGGCUAAAGUGGUAUUCAUUCCUAAACCGGGCAGAGAUAGAUAUACUGGCCCGAAGGAUUUUCGACCGAUUACUCUUUCAUCUUUUGUGCUUAAGACCCUGGAAAGGAUAGUUGAUAGAUACCUAAGGGAUGGCCCACUGGAAAGGUGUGUCAUUCAUGCAAAUCAGUUUGCAUACCAAGCUGGAAAAUCGACUGAUCUGGCCUUACACAAUCUGGUUGGGAGGCUGGAGAAGACUCUAGAUCAGCGAGAAGUGGCACUCGUGGCCUUCUUAGAUAUUGAAGGUGCAUUUAAUUGCACCACAACCGACUCUAUCAGACAGGCCUUGGUUAGACACGGGGUUGGAUCAAUCCUAAUAGAUUGGGUCCUCUCUACUCUGGAGGGUCGGGUAACAACAGCUAUGCUGAAUAACGUAAGCUGCAGCGUGAACGUAGCUAGAGGCUGCCCUCAGGGUGGAGUUCUGUCACCCCUACUGUGGUGUAUCGUGGUGAACGAACUGCUCGUUAGGCUCAACAGUAUGGGUGUCUACGUGCAAGCCUAUGCUGAUGACGUAAGCAUAGUGGUUAGGGGGCGUUUCUGUAGAACAGUCUCGGAAAUUAUGCAGGGCGCUCUGCGCUCCGUGGAAUCGUGGUGUAGGGAAGUCGAUCUUUCUGUUAAUGCUGAAAAGACCGAGCUGAUCCUAUUCACUAGGAGAAGAAGGCUUGACGGACUGGUCAUGCCUACCUUCUUUGGGACUAGAUUAGUUUUGUCCCAGUCAGUGAAAUAUCUGGGAAUUAUCCUGGACUGCAAACUGAACUGGAGAGAGCAUGUGGAACACAAGGUUAGCAAGGCUCGCAAUUCGAUGUGGGCUUGUAGACGUGUUGUCGGUGUAAGGUGGGGGCUUAAACCCAAAGUGGUAUACUGGCUCUACACGACGAUAGUACGUCCAUCUCUCUUGUACGGCUCCCUGGUCUGGUGGCCUUGCAUUAGAACUGAGUCAACUAAGGCCAAACUCAAUAAAAUUCAGCGUUUGGCCUGUAUUAGCAUUACAAGCGCAGUGCGAACAACGCCAUUGAGUGCAAUGGAAGCUCUGUUGGAUCUCCCACCGUUGGAUCUGGUGAUCCGCGGUGAAGCGAGAGUAGUCGCUCAUCGACUGUGGAGUCAGGGCAGCUGGGCUUUCUUGAAUCCGGUCAAGGGGCAUACUGCCAUAUUAGUCGAAUUAGAUAGGGAGGACCCCGUCCUUCUAAGCAGGGGUGAUCGUAUUACCCCUAAAUAUCGCUUCAACCGCAAGUUCAUUGUGGAGUACCCAACGAGGGAGGAGUGGGACGCCGGUAGCCGAGGACUCUCCGAAGUGAGCGGGCAGGUCUGGUACACGGACGGCUCGGUCACCGAAGAGGGCUCAGGUGCUGGGGUCUCUGGACCUAGAACUAGGCUAUCUCUGCCUCUCGGUGAGUACACCACCAUUUUCCAGGCGGAAAUCUUUGCGAUUCUGGCUUGUGUAUCUCACAUUCUGGAGGAGGGUGGGCCUAGGAGAAGAAUAACAAUCUUAUCCGACAGCCAGGCUGCAAUGAAAGCACUAAGUGCAUGUAAGAUUACUUCGAGUCUUGUAUUGCAAUGCAGGGAGGCUCUGGAUUGCCUCGCAGCGAGGCAUCCGGUAUCGUUAAUAUGGGUACCGGGGCACGCUGGGAUAAGGGGCAAUGAGACGGCGGACACUCUGGCGAAAACAGGAUCAGCCAGCAAGCUCGUUGGUCCUGAGCCAGCUCUAGGAGUAACCGCGCAUAAAGCUAGGAGGAAAAUGGAGACGUGGGUUGCAAGACAACACUCUCAGAAAUGGAGAAGUAUCUCUAGACAUCUCCGCCAGGCACGAGAGCUCAUUGAAGGGCCCAGUGCUAAGGAUGGACGCUUCUGCCUAUCUCUGGGUAGAGCCAACCUAAGGUUGCUGGUGGGACUGUUGUCUGGCCAUAACACGUUAAGGCGGCACCUGCACGUGAUGGGGGUGGCUGAGGAUCCCUUAUGCGAACGCUGCGGAGUAGAGGAAGAGACCUCGGCGCACGUUUUGUGUCGCUGUGAAGCUCUUAGCUACUAUAGGCCAGACUAUACUGGGGUCCAUUACUUUGGACCCUCAGGACGUAAAGGAGCUUGGACUCAAGGCGAUUCUCAACUUCGCUAA